AACGCAUGAUUGAUGUGCUCUCCGCCAAUUACGGAGCGCUAUUCGCAGCUGCAGAACACGGAGAAUUUGGGAACCGGUGAUGUUCUUUAGGCGCGAAGUGCUUCUAGCAAAGCGAGGAAGAAGAGCCAUGAAAGAAUAGCGAGCGCUUGAUUAGUACGUGCGGACAGAUGACAUGAUUUGAUGGAGUCUAGAGGUUGUGUUUCAUUUAUGUCUUAUUUCAAUGGAACUCAAAGAAAAUCAUCUCCCUCUAUUCCAAGCAUCAUAGAACGACUGUCUUUUUAUUUAUUUGAUUUUUAAUUAACCUUUGUUUAACUAGGCAAGUCACCAUCUACUACACCAUUUUAACUUCUGCCCAAAAUAAGACGAAAAAUACAUCAACAUUUGGCUUCGUGCUUGUGGCCAACAUGGCGCCCUUCUUGCUCGACACAUUUUUGUUGGUCGGCUUUUCUAAAUUCAUCUGAGGAGAGGGAACGCAUACGUCGCGUCGUCCGGGCGCCUGUAGGUGGCUUCAGCUACAAAGCCCAGUGUGAUGAACGGGCUGGUCUCCUUGCACCUCUGGCGGCCGAGGACAGACCACACACCUCACUAAAACAUCCUCAGUUCUCCUCUCUCUCAGACACACCGAAUAGAAAUAGAAAGGGCGGAAUAUGAAGGAUCACCUUCAAAUGUGACCAACUAGCCUCGCAUUAUGUGCUUCUAUUAGCUCUUGUAAUUCAUAGCCAUUCUCUAACUGGACUAAAAUCCCCCCCAAAAGGCCAGAUGUACCGGUAUUGUAGUGGGGAUGCAGUGUUUCAUGUCUGCCACUGGAGGGCGCUCUGAGACGCCCUUUAACCGCCAGCUGGCGCGACAUCGAAACCAACUGUAACUGGGUUCGAUUCUGACGUCAUUCUAAUGGAAGCGACUUGUCGAUACAUUGUUGCAAAGUGGAGCUCAUUAGGAAUAAAAAUCAGACGGUGAAAAUAGACAUCACAUUGACUGGACAGACUAGAAGGUUAUAUAUUUUUUCUUGAAAGUUACAGUUCCUGACUCUUUACGUCCACGCAUUUAGGCUGUUGAGUGUGUGGUCGACUUUUUGCCACUGAUCAAGUCACGGUGACAUGAUUCAGCGAGAAACGGGACGGUGUGAAAGAAUAGAAAGAGAAGGAGAAGAGGGAGUGAAGAAAAGAGGGGCGGAUCGUUCAGACCAGGACUGGAGGAAGUUGUUUUGUCAGUCAUCGCUGUGAAACUCCCAGUAUUACUAUUGGAACAGAGCAGAGCAAAGCAUCAUUCUGUCUGACUGGAGCCUCGGCGACAACGCACUCUAACAUGGUGAUCAAGGUCUAUAUAGCAACCUCCUCCGGUUCCACCUCGAUAAAGAAACAGCAGCAGGAUGUGAUGGGCUUCCUGUCAGCCAAUAAGAUUGAGUUUGAGGAGUGUGACAUCGCUGCCAAUGAGGACAACAGGAAGUGGAUGAGAGAGAAUGUUCCGGAGGAGGCUCGACCCGCUGCAGGGAACCCUCUACCUCCACAGAUCUUCAACCAGGACAGAUACUGCGGGAACUACGAGGCGUUCUUUGAGGCCAGAGAAGACAAUGUUGUCUACGCUUUCCUGGGUCUCACCGCUCCUCCUGGAUCUAAGGAGGCUCUAGCCAAGAGAGAGCAGCAAUAGUUCCACAGUGCUCCUUCCUCCAACCCCAGACCAGACCAAACCAGACCAGACAAGCCCAGACCAGCCCGGACCAGACCAGCCCGGACCAGACCAGCCCGGACCAGACCGGACCAGACCAGACCAGACCAGACCGGACCAGACCAGACCACACCAGCCCGGACCAGACCAUGACCAAGCCAGACCAGACCAGCCCGGACCAGACCAGACCAAACCAGACCAGACCAGCCCGGACCAGACCAGCCCGGACCAAACCAGCCCGGACCAAACCAGCCCGGACCAAACCAGCCCGGACCAGCCCGGACCAGACCAGACCACACCAGCCCGGACCAGACCAGACCAGACCAGCCCGGACCAAACCAGCCCGGACCAGACCAGACCAGACCAGACCAAACCAGACCAGACCAGACAAGCCCAGACCAGCCCGGACCAGACCAGACCACACCAGCCCGGACCAGACCAGACCAGCCCGGACCAGACCGGACCAGACCAGACCACACCAGCCCGGACCAGACCAGACCACACCAGCCCGGACCAGACCAGACCACACCAGCCCGGACCAGACCGGACCAGACCAGACCAAACCAGACCAGACCAAACCAGACCAGACCGGACCAGACAAGCCCAGACCAGCCCGGACCAGACCAGCCCGGACCAGACCAGACCACACCAGCCCGGACCAGACCGGACCAGACCAGACCAAACCAGACCGGACCAGACAAGCCCAGACCAGCCCGGACCACACCAGACCAGACCACACCAGCCCGGACCAGACCGGACCAGACCACACCAGCCCGGACCAGACCACACCAGACCGGACCAGACCAGCCCGGACCAGACCGGACCAGACCAAGCCAGAGCCUGCUGGGCAGACCAUACAUAUCAUUCUCACUUUGUUAGAGGGGGUUCUUUCCAGAUGUUUAGUUUUGUUGCUGUGUCUCAUGCUUCAGCUGUGCCUUAUCAGCUGGGUGUGAGGAGGUACUGAAGCAGAGCAUGCUGGGUACCCAUGAGUCCCUCCGCUGGCCUUAAAGCCUGUUGUCUGAAUGUCUCCACACCUGAUGUCAUGAUGUCCCAGUCAGUCUGAAUGCAUGUCCUCCAGAAGACAGGAUGUACUAUCAGAGUAGCACUUCUCUCUAAUGUUAAACAACAACAAUGUUGCCUUCCUCCUCUCUCCAGCUGUCCUCCUGUCUUCCUCUCCCUCCCCUCAGCAAUCUGACCAUCUUCUCCUUCUACAGGCACCUAGACUUGUUUUAUGCCUGAGGCCCUGUGAUUGAAUGUUUCGAUCUGCUUGUUUCGAUAGAGAUGAAAUGUGAUAAAGAUAACAUGAAGUAAUACAAAAUAUAACAUGCCAAAAUAUACAUCUGUAACGGAAGCAGAGAAGUGAUGUAUUAUUGUAGACAUGUGUUUAACCGCUAACUACUCUAUUCAGAUUCACACAUAUACUGGUCAGAACGUUCAGCUUGGUGCCAUAGUAUGAAUAUAAUCCAUAUGAUCAGAAAUCUCUCUUCUCCUCUCUUCUCUGCCUCACCAUAAUAGUCUUAUUUUUAUGUACAAUAAAGAUCUGAGAGUUGUUUUACUGGUUAUAA